AUGGUUCACUUAGGUCCAAAAAAACCACCAAUGAGAAAAGGUUCCAUGGCUGAUGUUCCAAAGGAAUUAUUAGACCAAAUUGCCGACUUCGAAAAGAUUUACGACACUCCAGCUCCUGUUUUGAAGGCUAUUGUCAAGCACUUUACUUCUGAAUUGGACAAAGGUUUGUCUAAGAAGGGUGGUAACAUUCCAAUGAUUCCAGGUUGGGUUAUGGACUACCCAACUGGUAAAGAAAGUGGUGAUUACUUAGCCAUUGAUUUAGGUGGUACCAACUUGAGAGUUGUUUUGGUUAAGUUGGGUGGUGACCGUACUUUUGACACUACCCAAUCCAAGUAUAGAUUACCAGAUGCUAUGAGAACUACUCAAGACCCAGAAGAAUUAUGGGAAUUCAUUGCUGAUUCCUUAGAAGCUUUUGUUAACGAACAAUUCCCAGAAGGUUGUACCAAGCCAUUGCCAUUAGGUUUCACCUUCUCCUUCCCAGCUUCCCAAGAUAAGAUUAACGAAGGUAUCUUACAAAGAUGGACCAAGGGUUUCGAUAUCCCAGAAACUGAAGGUAAAGAUGUUGUCAAGAUGUUGCAAAAACAAUUGGAAAAGAGAAACAUUCCAAUUCGUGUCGUUGCCUUGAUUAACGAUACCACUGGUACUUUGGUUGCUUCCUUAUACACCGAUGGUGAAACUAAGAUGGGUGUUAUCUUCGGUACUGGUGUUAACGGUGCUUACUAUGAUGUCAUCUCUGGUGUUGAAAAAUUACAAGGUAGAUUGCCAGCUGACAUCACUGCUGAUACCCCAAUGGCCAUCAACUGUGAAUAUGGUUCUUUUGACAAUGAACAUGUCGUUUUGCCAAGAAACAGACACGAUAUCAUUAUUGAUGAAGAAUCUCCAAGACCAGGUCAACAAGCCUUUGAAAAGAUGUCCUCUGGUUACUACUUAGGUGAAUUGUUACGUUUGGCUAUCUUAGAAAUGGUUGACAACGGUCACAUUUUGAAGGGUCAAGACUGUAGCAAGUUGAGAAAACCAUAUAUUAUGGAUACCUCUUUCCCAUCAAGAAUUGAAGAUGAUCCAUUUGAAAACUUGGAAAACACUGAUGAACUAUUGUCUAAGACUUUGGGUUUGAGUACCACUGUUCAAGAACGUAAGUUGAUCAGAAGAGUUUCCGAAUUGAUUGGUACCAGAUCUGCCAGAAUCGCUGCGUGUGGUAUUGCCGGUAUCUGUCAAAAGAGAGGUUACGACACCGCUCACAUUGCUGCUGAUGGUUCCGUUUACAACUUGUACCCAGGUUUCAAGGAAAGAGCUGCUGCUGCUUUGAGAGACAUCUACGACUGGAAGGAAGACAAACCAGAAAACUACCCAAUUGUCAUUGUUCCAGCUGAAGAUGGUUCUGGUGCCGGUGCUGCUAUCAUUGCUGCUUUGACUGAAAAGAGAUUGGCUGCUGGCAAAUCUGUUGGUGUCUUAGGUGCUUAA